GCUACUAACUUAAAAUGUUUACUGUCAUAAUCACAAGUCCGAGAGGGUUCAUAUUUAAGUUUUGAUUGAUUAGAGUUUUAAUAAUCAUUUAUACAUUGUGCUUUUUUUCAUUUUGCAUUUCGUGUUUAACAGUUUUAAGAGGUCAAAAUAUUUGUGUUAAACAUCAAAACAUGGUUAAACUCUGAAUGAUCUGGUUUGACUACUGACUAGGCCUACUAUCCUAGGAAGUAUAGGGUAGAUUCAUGAAUGUUUUGGUUUGACUAUUAGUUUUAAAGACGGCCUAGAUUCUUUUUUACAGGCCUAGGCCAAUUUUACUGAUGAUAUUAUAUUAUCUGAUCAUUUGACUAGAUAGUUAUGGCUGAUGUUAUCUCUAAAGAAACCUACUCUAAAAUUCAUGAGUGGGAAUCAUCAACUAAUUCAUUAGCUCCCCUAAGUAGUUUUCAAAGAAAUGCGAUAUUAGAUUUAUCUGAUGAAAUAUCUCAGUUGCUCCUUCACGAGGGAGAAGAUAAACUAAGUGAUGACUCUGGCCAGAACCGUUGGCCAGAUGAAGAACCACAUUUGUUAAAGGGUGUUGAAACAUCUAUUGAAUCAACAAACCAAUUUCUGCAGUGGUAUUCAAAUCUUGAGAAUGAUUGGUUGGAAGAUGAAGAUUCAAUCUACACAAACUACUGCAAACAGCUUGCAGAGCGUAAGGAGGAAUGCUCUCAACUUCUCUCCCAGGUCGAGUCAUCACUGAGCAAUCUGAAUGAACUGAAUCGAGAAUACCGUCAGGUGACCAACAGGACCAACUCACUUCAUCAAGUCAGCGAGCAGCUUCUCGCAGAUCAGAUGAAGCUGAGCGACAUUAACAACGCAGUGAGUGAGAGACUGGACCAGUUCAAGGUCCUGCGGCUGAUAACUCAGAGGCUGGAGUCACCAGCGUUGUCUGUCAACAGCUCUACCUUCACCCAGCUGUUGGACCAGCUGGACGGAGCCAUACAGUACAUGCAGUCACACCCAAACUUUAAAGAGUCAUCAGUGUACCUGGCCCGGUAUCAGCAUUGCUUGGCUCGAGCUGUGAGUCUCCUACGAUCAUUUGUCACCUCUGUGCUGAUCCAUGCUACUCAGCAAACAGCAGCAUAUCCAACCAGCGAUGCCAGCCACUACGCUCGCUUCCAAGCACAGGCCAUCAAAUUGAAACCUGUACUGGAGCUCAUCGAAAAAAGAAGAGACAAAUUUUCCGAAUAUGAGAACCUACUGAGCGACUGUCAGCAGCUGUAUCUGUCUCAGCGAGAGACCCUCAUCAGCGAUAGUGUUCUCAACACGAUCCGAGGACUGGCCGAGAACAUGUCUGGGGACCAUUGCUCUCUCACUCGCUCUGCUUGUGCCUUUCUGAUCCAUGUUUCGCAAGAUGAGCUGAGACUGUAUCAGCAGUUCUUUUCUACCUCUACACCUCUGUUUACACAGUAUCUGGAGGGGUUAUGUGUCAGUCUCUAUGACACGUUGCGACCCCUAGUCAUCCACAUGAAACAUCUGGAAACUCUGGCAGAGCAGUGCUCCAUACUGAGGAAUGAGAUGAUUCAAGAACAGGUUCAAAACAACCCCACUGCCCUGGAGGCGUUUGGCAAGGUGGCAGAACAGCUGUUGCAGGAUGUACAGGAACGUCUGGUGUUUAGAGCUCAUCUCUACCUCAAAUCUGACAUUGCCGAAUACAAUCCCUCCCCUGGUGACCUGGCAUACCCUGAGAAACUGGAGAUGAUGGAGAGUAUCGCCCAGUCACUACAUGAUCAGGAGAUGGCUGCACUCAGUAGAAGUGAGUCCCGAGCUUCACUGGUGUCUAUAGGCUCCACAACAUCACAAGAAGUAUCCCGGCUUACAACAACACAUAGAAACUUUCCUGCGAGUUCCCCGGGAGACUUACAUGGGAUGUGGUAUCCCCCGGUGAGACGGACACUAGUCUGUCUUUCCCGACUGUAUCGCUGCAUCGAGCGACCGAUCUUCCAAGGUCUAUCACAGGAGGCUCUCACACUGUGUAUACAAAGCAUCAACAGUGCCGCAGAAACCAUCAAAACAAACAAGACUGCAUUGGACGGGGAGUUAUUCCAAAUAAAACAUCUGCUCAUCCUUCGUGAACAAAUUGCUCCAUUUCAGGUGGAUUUCACUGUGAAGGAAAUGAGUUUUGAUUUCAGCAAAAUGAGGACAGCAGCUUAUGAACUACUGCAGAAAAGAAGUCGAGUGUUUUCAAGCAAUGCCUUGCUUCAGUUCCUGCUCGAAGGCCCUCCGAUUGUCAAAGAACAGUGGCUUGACUCUCGUAAAGAUGUUGACAGGCAGUUGAAGAGCUCUUGUGAAGUGUUCAUUGCAGACGCUGCCAACACUAUCAUUGGUCCACUAUCUAGCUUCCUUGACAGAGUACAGUCCCUGAAGGAAACGGAGGGUCUGUUACGAGCUCAGCCGUGGGCAGGUUCGGACGAGAUACACACUCUAGUGCAGGAUGUGACACGUAACAUCAAGACUAAGCUGCCAACAUUGCAACGUAGCAUGCAACUGUACCUGGCCAAUAGGGACACAGAGUUCAUCCUCUACCGACCCAUCAAGAACAAUAUUGUUGGCACGCUGUCUCGACUACAGAAUAUCUUGUCGAAUAACAACGGAUACACAAAUGAAGACAGGAUAAUGAUUGCAUGUCCGACGCCGGAGCAAGUCGCUGUCCUUCUUUCUUCUGCUUCACUUUUGAUGAACGAACAGCGGAAGAUCAGUCAAGUCAGUUUACCACCAACGAUAAACAAGACUGUGAGAGAAGACUGAGAACGUGGUAAAAUCUAGUAUCUGUUAACAUUCCUUCUUAGUGCAGAACUAGACCUACUGCAGUAGGCUUAAUAUACCAUGUUUGGCUGAAGGGACUGAUUAACAUGGCAAAUACCUUGUGCAAUA